UUCCGACAAAAUCGAAACAAAAAAUGGGCACACCAGCAAGACACGGCAAAAAACGAAAAACGUCAGCUACACCAGUGAAAAGUGCACCUAGUUCUGCCAGAAAAGCUCGAAAAGUAUUUGAACAACUUUCAAUAGAUCAAUUUGUACCAAAGCAAGUAGGUACACGUGUUCUCAGUUGUGGAGAAGGGGAGCAGUUAGGUCAUCCGGGAAGAAAUGUAACAAGAAAGCCCCGUGCAAUUGAUACUUUUGAUGAUGGAACUAAAUUUGUUCAGGUCGCUGCUGGUGGUGUCCACUCUCUUGUGCUUACCACGGAGGGUGCUGUCUUUAGUUGUGGAAUUAAUGAGAAGGGCACUGUACCAGUUCAUGGUCUUGAAGCUGAAGGAAGUACUGAUAGAUUUAGUGAAAUUGUCUUCUCACCAGAAAUUAAGCGUCUGGGAAAGGACACGCAAGGUGAAGUGAAUGUCCAUGAAAUGCUCAAGGAUAUCCAAAAGAAACCAGUUGUGGUCAUUAAACACAAAAGCAGACAAAAAUGGCAUAUUGUUAAGAUUGCUGCAGGAGAGAAUCAUUUGGCAAUGCUUUCCUCGGAUGGAGAACUUCUUACUUUUGGUGAAGGAUCUAUGGGCCAACUUGGCCGUUCUACGCGUACAGAACAUAUUAGAUCGAAGUUCAUGGUCGAUCAAUCAGGCACCUCUUUAAUCCUUCGUGUACUCGAAAAACAUCAAUUCAUUCGAUUUGUUAACGUUUGGGCCAAUGGAUUUUGGACUAUUGCUCGAGCAGAAGAUGGACGUCUUUUUGCCUGCGGUUUAAACAAUUUUGGUCAAUUGGGCGUAACUGCAACACCUGCAAAUGAAAAGAAAACUGGAAGAAGUCGAGGACGACGUUCUGAUUCAGAUCAGCAAAGAAAAGAAAAAAAUAGAGAUCAACAGGGGGCAGAUACUUCGACAACAAAUUCUUUUAAACAAUCAUCUGAAAGCAUGGAAAUUUCACUUAAUCAAUUAAAUGUUUCUUCUGCAAAUCAAAAUAGCAGUGAAGAUUCUUCCCAAGAUCCAGAUACCGAUGAAAAAACGGAUGGAGAAAUGAAACCUCAAAAAAGCGAGGAUGAUAGUAAUAAUGAGAAAAAAGAGGAAUUUAAAAAUGGAGAUGAAAAUGGAAAUGUUCCUGAACAAAAAGAAGUUAACAAGGUUGCAUUACUUACUUGGGCACAAGCAUUUCAGCCAGAACAUGUUUGGUCUCAUGUAUCAGGGGUCCAACACAUUGUUUGUCGUAAUGAGGAUGACAAUGCACUUGGUAUUGGUACUUGGGAAGGAAAUCAGGAUGAUCAGCAUUGGCGUUAUGACACGCUCCAACGAAUUACAUUACCUGAAAAUGUUCGAGCGGCAGGAAUAGAUGCAACACUUGGUGCUUCUAUUUUUUGGACUGAUGAUGGUAAUGUUUAUGGAUUUGGAUGUGAUACUGUUGGUCAACUUGGAUUGGGAAUUAAAGAUGAUGACGAGAAAGUUGUGCCUACUCCACGUAAAAUUCAUUCUGCACAUUUGGACAAUUUUCGUGUUAUUAGCGUUUCAUUAGCUGAUAACCAUGCGCUUUUUCUCGCUGAACCAAAUAUUACCGAUGCUUCUACUUCUUUGCCUCAAGUUGCUGCUGCUCCAGCUCUUAUAAAUACUUAUUGUUAGUACGUUUUAUUCUCAAAUUAGAAAUGUUUACAUUUUUUUCGUUAAUUUUAUGCCAUUUUAUAAUUUAAAAUUAAAAAAAUGUCGCAUCGAGACUCUCACUUUCCAUCACCAAUUUCACUUUAUUUUUUUUUUGUCUCCAAUUUUAUUUUUUCACCCAAUUUUGUUUAACUUUGAUUUUCACGUUUAUAAAUAUUUUACUUGGUUAUAAUGCUAAUUUUAUUUUCUUUUGGACAGAAUAUUUUGUUCAAAUUGAGAGAUUAAAAUUAUUUUUGCAAAAACUACUUUCGUUAAGACUUUUCCAGAAAGUUUAGAAUAUUAUUUGAAGAAAUUGAUAAAUUUUCAAAAAAUAUCUGAUAAUCCCCCCCCCUCCUCUAAUUUUUUUAAUUUCCAAUAUUUUCCUUUUGUAAUGAUCAUGUGUUACAUUUUCGCGCUCAUUGCACAGCUUUGAGGAUCAAUAUUUUUGUUUUGUAUAUAUUCACAUAAAUUUUCUUUUGAUCACAAAAUAUAAGAGUAGCGACAGACAUUUGCGCAUUUUUAUAAAUAAAAAGCUUUUACACCCCUCUGUAAAGACUGCUCCGCACAAUUUAUAUGUAGUUAGUUUUCCAUUGCUGCAACAA